GUUUAUGUCGGAGGGUUGUUUUAGAAAAUGUUUGACCCGAGUAAAGAGUGGAGCAUCUCCUUUGCAGGAUGCGGGUUUAUGGGAAUUUAUUACGUCGGGGUCAUCAGCUGUAUCCUCCAGCGGUUUCCUCGCUUUAUUCGAGAUGCCUCGAAAAUCUACGGAGCCUCUGCAGGGGCCCUGAUGGCCGCCAUUAUCACUCUGGGAAUCCCCCUGGAUAAAUGCUGCACCGACUUGAUGCACAUGGCCAAAGAGGCCAGGAAGCACAAACUGGGGCCCCUGCACCCGGCUUACAACCUACUGCAGCUGGUGCAGGAGUCGCUGCUGGAGAAGCUCCCAGAGGACGCUCACCUCCGAGUGUCCGGGAAGCUCAGCUUGUCCCUGACCAGAGUCUCUGACGGGAGGAACCUACUGGUGUCCCAGUUCGACAGCAGAGAGGAACUCAUUCAGGCCCUCAUAUGCAGCUGCUUUGUGCCGCUCUACUGUGGUGUCGUUCCGCCCACUUACCGCGGAGUUUAUUAUGUGGAUGGUGCCGUCAGCGACAACCUGCCCCGCUGUCAGCUGGGAAGGACAAUCACAAUCUCUCCGUAUGCUGGCGAGAGUGACCUCUGCCCCCGAGCGAGCACGCUCACCUUCCACGAGGUGCGCUUCAACAACGUCAGCUUCCAGGUCAACUCAGAGAACCUGUACAGGGUCACCAGCACUUUCUUCCCCCCAGAGGCUGAGGCAAUGGCUGAAAUCUGCCAGAACGGCUACAUGGACGCACUUCGCUUCCUGCAAGAAAACAACCUGAUCAGCAGCGAGUCUCCCCUGAGGAGUUUGCAGGCCAUCGCAACAGAGCGUGUCUGCUGCGACCAGGUGAAGGACUCACCCGGAGGUGAAAAGUCUGUUCAGAGAGAUCACCUGUGGCUCGAUCCGAAACUCAUACAGAACCUGCCAGCUGAACUUCAGAGGGUUUUAUGUAAAGCCUGCAGGGAGACGCACACUGCUGGGGGCUUGUUGACUCACAUGACUGAGUACCUGCCCAAGAAGGUGACAUCUUAUCUGCCCUUUGACUCCGCCCGCUCUGUGGCUCAGAGGUACCACCCUACAGUCAAUCCGUCACCCUGCAACUUUCAAAUCAACUACUAUAUAUAUAUAUAUAUAUAUAUAUGUACAGUAUAUAUAUAUUGUCUUUGUGCCAUAGGAAUAUAGAGUAUGCUUACAUAUAUGUUUUGCAGGAUGUCUUCCUCCUUUCUCUCUGCAUCCAUUUCUUGCCCUGUAAAUACUGUCAAGAGUCCUGAGCUGAAAAAAAAAAAGCUUUUUUAAAAAUUUAAAAAACAAUGUCAAGAAAACUUAAAGAAAGUGAAUCUUUUUGCAUUUUCUUAGCCAAUAGAUGUUCAUUUCAGGUAAUAUGAAGGUGGUUGCAUGCUUUGUUUUCUUGUAUGUUUUAAAGUAGCAUUCUGUGAAGAAUGAUCUCUCUACCCAACAAACUGGCUCACAAUCUUGACAUUUUUUAAAUGAAUUAAUUUAUAUUCAUACAUUUUCAAAUGUAUGAAUAUAAAUUUAUGAUCUGUGUUUGACGUUAAUGCUACGAUUGAAGACGAUGACUCUGUAUGCCUUUUUAUAACCUAAACAUGAUUCUCUGUAGGAGCCAGUGGCGUGGUGUACAUUUCUCAGGAGGGGGCCACGGCCCCUCACAGCCCCUGCUUGGGGUUGUCCUGGGGGUUGAUCCAAUUGCUUAAACUCAACAGCCUUUUGUCCCUACAAAAUACACCCAGCUCUGAGGAUAACAAAAAAUAGCCCAGCAGUUUGUUGGUUCCAUAGAUUUCCGUAGAUUUAAAACAAAUAUUGACUUUUAUUCUAGCAGAUAAUUAAAGACUCUGCCUUUCAUCUAUAUAUCUGAAUAACUCCCUGACAUGUUGGCUGCUUCUUCCAGAGUGAGGGGCUGGAUUCCCGAUGUCCCGCGGGACAUGAGGUGGCUCUUCGGCAUGGAUGCGAGCAAACAAACUUUGGAGGAAAAGUUGGAAUAUAAA